AUGGAGCAAGUACAGAAGACCACCACCUUUGUCAGAAGACCACCACCUUUGUCAGAAGACCACCACCUUUGUCAGAAGACCACCACCUUUGUCAGAAGACCACCACCUUUGUCAGAAGGCCACCACCUUUGUCAGAAGGCCACCACCUUUGUCAGAAGGCCACCACCUUUGUCAGAAGGCCACCACCUUUGUCAGAAGGCCACCACCUUUGUCAGAAGGCCACCACCUUUGUCAGAAGGCCACCACCUUUGUCAGAAGGCCACCACCUUUGUCAGAAGGCCACCACCUUUGUCAGAAGGCCACCACCUUUGUCAGAAGGCCACCACCUUUGUCAGAAGGCCACCACCUUUGUCAGAAGGCCACCACCUUUGUCAGAAGGCCACCACCUUUGUCAGAAGGCCACCACCUUUGUCAGAAGGCCACCACCUUUGUCAGAAGGCCACCACCUUUGUCAGAAGGCCACCACCUUUGUCAGAAGGCCACCACCUUUGUCAGAAGGCCACCACCUUUGUCAGAAGGCCACCACCUUUGUCAGAAGGCCACCACCUUUGUCAGAAGGCCACCACCUUUGUCAGAAGGCCACCACCUUUGUCAGAAGGCCACCACCUUUGUCAGAAGGCCACCACCUUUGUCAGAAGGCCACCACCUUUGUCAGAAGGCCACCACCUUUGUCAGAAGGCCACCACCUUUGUCAGAAGGCCACCACCUUUGUCAGAAGGCCACCACCUUUGUCAGAAGGCCACCACCUUUGUCAGAAGGCCACCACCUUUGUCAGAAGGCCACCACCUUUGUCAGAAGGCCACCACCUUUUUCAGUGAACAAAUACAAAAUAACAAUCUUUUGGCUUGA